CUAAGUGGAUUUAUCAAAGAUACCUUGGUAAUCACGUUGCCGGGUUCACAAGGAGCUGUGAAAGAUGCUGUUCAGGCGCUUUUCCCACAUGUGUUUCAUGUGUUUAAGGUGCGUGAACAAGAAACUGGACGCAUAGACAUGGACAAAGUAGCUGCUAAAGCGCGCGAAGUCCAACCAAAACUCAUCAUCUGUGGUGCAUCGGCAUAUUCUAGAGAUUGGGAUUAUAAAAAAUUUAGGGAGAUUGCUGAUGAGGUAGAUAUUGCACAUCCUGCGGGAUUGAUAGCGGCAGAUUUGUUGACAGAUCCGUUGCCACAUUGCCAUAUUGUAUCAUCUACGACCCAUAAGACAUUGAGAGGACCUAGAGGAGGAAUCAUCAUGCUCGGCAAAGAUUUUGCAAAUCCAUGGGGAAGAACGACCAAAAAAGGAGAUCCGAUCAUGAUGUCAACGAUAUUGAAUAGUGCCGUAUUUCCUGGUAUGCAAGGUGGCCCAUUGGAACAUGUCAUUGCUGCUAAGGCUAUUGCUUUUGGCGAAGCAUCACAAGAUAGUUUCAAAGAAUAUGGUAAACAAGUCAUUGCCAAUGCAAGUGUGAUGGCAAAAGCAUUUACAGAUCGUGGUUACCAAAUCAUCUCAGGUGGGACGGACAAUCACAUGAUGCUUAUCGACCUAAGAGCCAAAUCAGCAGAUAUCUCAGGAAAAGAUGCCGAAAAUGCGCUCGUUAAAGCAGAUAUCACCAUCAAUAAAAACAUGGUACCAUUCGACAGUAGGCCAGCAUUGCACACGUCCGGCAUUCGUGUAGGUGAGUGCUAUUCUCGUGAUCAAGUAUGGUACAAUGCGAUCAACGCAUACCACAAGGCUAUAGAACUAGAAAACAGAAGAGAAGAGUAUUAUCUAGGUCUUGCAAAGGCUUACCUUGCGGUAGAAGAUUAUAACAAAGCGACAGUCAAUUUCCAAAUGGCCACGCAAACAGGCCCUGAAGAUACAUUGUAUUGGAAAGAGUAUAUCUGUUUCUUGAUCAAAAUGGGAUUGCACGACGAGGCCAUCCAAGUGCUAGAUGAAGCAGAAGACCAUACAUAUGGUCCUGACUUGCUUUAUUGUCGUGCGGUGACGGAGUACUUCCUAAAGAACAAGAUGAAGCCAGUUGUCACAGAAGAUGCCACUCAAAAACUCAGAGAUUUGAUCGAUGCCACCGAAAAAGAAUUCAACCACGAAUUGAAAAUCACUCCUGGUGAGGCAAAACGUAUCGAGUUGAUCAGAAGGAUGAAGGAAGAUACCGACAAAAAGGAAUAUAUGAUCAUGUUUAAUGGAUUGAUCAUCGAUCGCUCCAUGGAUCUCCAGUCGUAUGCUAGUCCUGUGUACAAAGCUCCAAGUCUACUUACACUCCAUUCCCAAGCGAUCCCACCA